GUGAGGCGAGAGUGGACAGGUCGUCUUCGUGGGAUUUCUUGUGGUCUGUUAGCCGCGCUAAGCCACUUUUAGCGCUUCCAGAGUCUAAAAGGUGCCCCUAGGUCUGCUGUCAUCAUUUUAGGAGGUAACCAAGAUCAGGAACCGCCCAUAUCAACGAGGAUCAGGUAGCAGGUUUACGGCAUACAAAUAAACCGGCCACGAUUGCUCAAUUGCCAUACCGACAUCAUGCGCUUUAUCUCAGCCUGCCUCCUGGCAAUUGGUACCCUUUUUACCGCCGCGACAGCUCACAACAUCCAGCUCGCGGGACAUGGACGCGAAUGCUUCCACGAACAGCUCCGCAGAGAUGACAAAAUGACUGUUACCUUCCAGGUCGGCGACAGGGAAUUUAAACAGGCUGGGAACUUGGACAUUGAUUUCUGGAUCACCAACCCUGCCGGCGGACUCGAGGCAAAUGAGCGCAGUGUAUCAACAGGAGACCACUCAUUUGUUGCGAAGCACGAUGGAAAGUUUGUAUACUGCUUCAGCAACGACAACUGGUCGGCGAACAGCAAGGAGGUCUCAUUCAACGUCCACGGAAUUGUUUAUGUGCCCGAGGCGGAAGAGACCACUGAUCCUCUAGAGAUUGAAGUUCGCGCGCUAUCCGAUCUUCUCGCGCAGGUUAAAGACGAACAAUCCUACAUUGUCCUCCGCGAGCGCAUCCAUCGCAACACUGCUGAGAGCACCAACGGCCGCGUUAAAUGGUGGAGCACCUUCCAAAUGGUUGUUCUGAUUGCAAAUGGUGUCUUCCAGGUGUGGUGGUUGAAGAGAUUCUUCGAGGUUAAACGUGUGGUCUGAAGGGGUUUGUCUAUAUUCACCCGAUGGCGGGAUUCUGAUGUUUUGGCUCGGUUUUCAAGGGCGUUAAGCUGCGCUGCAUAGUGGAGUACGGACUCAUGGAAAUGAAAUCAUAGGAGAGUGAUCCAAAAAG